AUGUGGUCUUCCUGGCUGCUGCCGGCCUUACUGGCCACUGAAGCGUUGGCCGUACCCUACGAGGAGUAUAUUCUAGCUCCGAGCUCUCGCGACUUGGCUCCUGCGUCUGUUCGGCAGGUGAACGGUUCCGUCACCAAUGCGGCCGCUUUGACCGGCGCUGGUGGACAGGCCACUUUCAACGGCAUCUCGUCGGUGACAUACGAUUUUGGCAUCAAUGUUGCUGGUAUCGUGUCUGUGGAUGUCGCUUCCGCCUCCUCCGAGUCCGCCUUUAUCGGCGUGACCUUCACCGAGUCUAGUAUGUGGAUCAGUAGCGAGGCAUGCGAUGCUACUCAGGACGCAGGCCUUGACACUCCGCUUUGGUUCGCUGUCGGUCAGGGAGCGGGCCUGUAUACAGUGGAAAAGAAGUACAACCGGGGCGCAUUCCGGUAUAUGACGGUUGUUAGCAACACCACCGCCACGGUCUCUCUCAACAGCGUCAAGAUCAACUAUACGGCAUCUCCCUCACAGGACCUUCGUGCGUACACGGGGUACUUCCACAGCAACGAUGAGCUACUCAACCGCAUUUGGUAUGCCGGUGCCUAUACCCUGCAGUUAUGCAGUAUCGAUCCCACUACGGGAGACGCUUUGGUGGGCCUGGGAGUCAUCAGCUCGUCUGAGACCAUCUCGCUUCCGCAGACGGACAAGUGGUGGACAAACUACACCAUCACCAAUGGCAGCAGUACCUUGACUGAUGGAGCCAAGCGUGACCGGCUUGUCUGGCCAGGCGAUAUGUCCAUUGCUUUGGAGAGCGUGGCUGUCAGCACCGAGGAUCUAUAUAGUGUCCGCACGGCAUUGGAAUCCUUGUAUGCUCUCCAGAAACCUGAUGGCCGACUUCCCUAUGCUGGGAAACCAUUCUUCGACACGGUCAGCUUCACCUAUCAUCUGCACAGCCUGGUUGGCGCGGCAUCUUAUUACCAAUACACUGGGGACCGCGCGUGGUUGACCCGGUACUGGGGUCAGUACAAGAAGGGCGUCCAAUGGGCGUUGUCGAGCGUGGACAGCACAGGUCUGGCCAACAUCACAGCCAGUGCUGACUGGCUGAGGUUUGGCAUGGGAGCGCACAACAUCGAAGCGAAUGCAAUCCUGUACUACGUCCUCAACGAUGCCAUCUCUCUCGCCCAGACUCUGAAUGACAACGCACCCAUCAGGAACUGGACCGCCACUGCAGCCAGGAUCAAGACAGUGGCGAACGAACUCCUCUGGGACGACAAGAACGGUCUCUACACCGACAACGAGACCACCACCCUGCACCCGCAAGACGGUAACUCCUGGGCCGUCAAGGCAAACCUCACCCUCUCUGCCAACCAGAGUGCCAUCGUCUCUGAAUCGCUCGCUGCCCGCUGGGGACCAUACGGAGCACCCGCCCCGGAGGCAGGCGCAACAGUGUCGCCUUUCAUCGGCGGCUUCGAGCUGCAAGCCCACUACCAGGCCGGCCAGCCCGACCGCGCCCUUGAUCUACUACGAUUGCAGUGGGGAUUCAUGCUGGAUGACCCGCGGAUGACCAACUCGACCUUCAUCGAGGGGUACUCCACGGACGGAUCGCUAGCCUACGCGCCGUACACCAAUACGCCGCGAGUGUCGCACGCGCACGGGUGGUCCACGGGCCCGACGUCCGCGUUGACCAUCUACACGGCCGGAUUGCGUAUCACCGGACCAGCAGGUGCGACCUGGCUGUACAAGCCACAGCCGGGCAAUUUGACCCAAGUUGAAGCUGGGUUUAGUACCCGGCUGGGGUCGUUCGCGUCAAGCUUCAGCAGAUCGGGGGGUAGAUAUCAGGAACUGUCGUUCACCACGCCGAACGGAACGACUGGCUCGGUGGAGCUGGGGGAUGUGAGUGGACAAUUAGUCUCGGACCGGGGGGUGAAGGUGCAGUUAGUGGGAGGUAAAGCGAGUGGACUGCAGGGUGGUAAAUGGCGGUUGAAUGUGUAA